AAACUCUAUGACAGCAACCGAAGAUAACUGAUUUUAAAGUCCAAAACCGCACACGGCGAUCGAAGCACGUUUCCCCUUAACUACAAACAAUUUUACCUCUCGGAAAUCGUCCAAUAUUGCCCUGCAAUUUAAUUAGUGGUUAAAGUAUAGUUGAAAAACUUCGCAAGAGCAAACGUUAGAAGAUUCAUCAGACCAACAGUCUACAUUAGUCGGCUCUCUACGUCACUUGCCUGAUCAUAGUAUCUUAUAUGUAAGAUGCCAUCUCGUCUGGGACCAUCACGUGACAUUCUGGUCAUUGGCCUCAUUUUUAUCUCGUUGGCUGUUCCUUCAAUUUGUCAAGAUCCAACUCCAGGUCUUAUAUGUUCGCCUCAGUGCGCGAAUGGAGGGUCCUGUGUCGAAGGAAAAUGCAUCUGUCUCAAAGCUUUCACGGGAAGUCAGUGUGAAAUUUCGAUGGAAAAAUAUUUGGGCAUUGAUCACAUCGGGUUGCGAUACGUUGGAAAUUUCUUCCAAGAUAGAGUUGGUACGAACGGAAUAUGGCCUCUUCAAUCUUUAUUACUUCGGUGUCCUACUAAUAAAGCCACAGGAAGCUAUACAACACAGUGGACGUUGAACGACAUAUUACUGGACCCUGCAAAAGACAGCAGAGUGAAUAUAUACAGUGGACUACUUAUUAUUUCUAUAAAUACAAGCCAAAACAAAACCAGAUAUGAAGGUGUUUAUCAAUGUCGCAUCUCGAAUGACUUMGGUACUACACUUGGUCCUAGAGUGCAAAUAAAGAUAAUAGUUACUGGAUCAUUCAUCAAUAAUUUACCCAUCACUUAYAACGUGACWCUCAAUAACAAACUUGCAAUACGAUGCCCAGAGCACACUUACAGCCACGGAAUGUAUUACCGAUGGAUCAACUCCACGACCGGUUCAAAAGUCAAUUUCCCAGAACCUCGAGUGAUGAUGUCACAAGAGGACGGAACCCUUUAYUUUACUCACGUGACCGAGGAUGACGUAGCUGCUGCGUCAAAUGGAAUACAGUGCAUGUUUUGGAUGGGUGGUCAGGGGAAACCACUUAUUGUUAAAUCAGGUCUUGUUAAAAUGAAGAAAGUUAGAGAUAACGGUGAAUUUCAAACUACGUUUGUCAAGAAGCCACCUUCGACAGCAGUCUACCUUCCUGCGAAUAUAUAUGUAACGAAGGAUUUUCACUGCUUUCCUUCCGGCCGUUCACCAGUGACCCUGAUAUGGCUUAAGGACUCUACUCCAGUCAUCUCAAACAAUAUAAUUAGGCUAUAUAAUUACAACCGUACACUGCGGAUCAAUACCGCCGACAGAAGUGUGGAAGGAAAAUAUAGUUAUAAGACUGAAAACCCUGAUGGAACGAGAACUGAGUCUGGGAUGACUAUUCGAGUCAUAGACCCAACGACAGGGAAGUAUUAUGUCAAUCACAAGGAAACAAUCACUUUAGAUUGUAUGAACGCCACACAACCCUCUAACUAUCCUUUUCGCUGGUAUUACAAUGGAGUAAGCGUUAGCAGCCAAAUCAACUCAGUGUUUCUCGACCGUGCGUCCUUUCAUCCAAACGGUUCGUUCACCAUCAAAUCAGCCGAACCACGUGACUCAGGAGUAUUCCAGUGCUUCGUCGAUGGAAUUACAGCAAGUCAUCACUACGUUUAUGUCAUUGGUGCACCGUUACCUCCCGUAUCUUUAAAUGCCACCGACUGCUCCAAAUUYACUACCACACUCUCCUGGAACAUAAAACCUGAACCAAAAAUCCCAGUCUCCUCAUUCAUCAUUGAAAUAGGGAACACCUAUGAACCGAAUGUAUUCAAACAAGUCAAGGAAGUGAAAGACCCGAAUGCAAGACGAGUAGGAAUAGAAGAACUAAGUCCAUGGGCAAAUAUCUCGUUCAGAAUGAAGGCUAUUAAUAGCCUUGGAAGUAGUUUACCGAGCAGGCUGUCCAACCCGUGUAUAACUCCGCCAACCAAACCAACUAGUAUUCCCGAAGGCUUAAAGGCUGUUCCAUUGAAGAUAAGCGGUGGAAUAAAUGUUACUUGGAAGUCCUUUCCCAAGAUCCAGUGGAAUGGUAGUAGGUGCGUUAUCCGAGUCUACCACAAACUCCACAACAURUCUAGAUGGACAUUGUCACCGAAAAACACCUCAUGUUCUUCAACCACAAUUGACGUAGAUAAACUAGGAAACUAUCAGCUUAUUAAUAUCAAAAUACAAGUGCAAAACGAGAUCGGAAUGGGUCCGAAUAGUUCAGUAGUUACGGCGUAUUCAGGACAAAAUCCUCCGAGAGUAGCUCCAAAGAAUUUUAGAGUUGUCAGUGUUACUCCGUACAGCGUGACACURUCUUGGGAUGAACUGCUGAUCCAGGGUGGGUCGGUGGACGAAUACGAGGUAACAUACGGGUCGGGAGAAGGAAGGAGGAGAAGGCGUUCUCUGGGUCAUCCAUAUUCGAAUUAUAUAAACCCCAGAAGAUCACAUGCAAGAUCGAGACGUUCUUCAGAAAAUCAAAURAACGAGUAUCGCAGACUGCGAUAUUUUUCAACAGACCUUCAUAAUUCAAACUUUUGUGAAAUAUCUGCAAAAGACAAGAGAAGGUUGUUUCUAGCAAAGAUUAUGAGUGCCUUCCCAGGAGCAAAACACAAAGCCAAACAAAUUCUUCGCAGAUAUCGUCGAGCCAUACAGAAUCCGUUACGAGGCACACUAAGGGUGAAAGUUCCUAAAGCAACUGUACAUGGAUUGCUGCCAUUUAGAUAUUAUAGCGUUGCUGUUCRAGGCGUUAAUAGCGGUGGUAACGGGCCAGCCGUAGGUAUUUACCUGCGGACUCUAGAUUCUGUUGAUUCUUCGUACAUCAUCACUAUCGUUGUAACAAGUGAGACGUUUACAUCAGAAUAUGAAGACAAGACAUCACUGAAAUAUAGAAAUCUAAGUGAUACCCUCACCACAGGGAUACGACGUCAAUUCCAGCAGGUGAAGAGGCAUUUUUGGAUCAGAUCCUUGGAUCUACUCUUAUUUAGUAAUGGAAGCGUAGUUUCUGAGUUACAAAUGGUGGCUGCAAACCCAGACCGACUAGAGUUUGAAAGGCCUUUAAGGGGAGAGAUUAUGAAAAACUAUUUUCCUAAUUAUAUAAUAGAUCCCAGUAAAACAAGCAUCGAAAAGGAACUAAAUUUUACAAGACCCAACGUCUCUGUGUCGAACACAUCUCCAUAUCCUGGCGUUACAAUCGAGUUUGAAUGCUUGGCAACGCGUGGUCCUCGCUCGCCUGUCUUUAGUUGGUUCAAAGACGGGAUACCUGUGGUUUUUGAUGUCAGACAUAAAUUCUCUUUGGACGAUACGAAAUCGAUUCUAACCAUUCGCAAGCUUAGUUCAAUCGACAGAGGGAAUUACAUGUGUGUUGUAAGCAAAGGCAAUCAGAAUGCAUCCUCUUCAGUAUUUCUCAACGUUCUUCCAGUCAUUACAAUAACUCCAAUGACUUUAACCAAGAAUGAAGGCGACUCGGCCACAUUCUCCUGUAAGGUUCUUUCAGGGAAUAUUACUGGAAUGGAUCUAGUAAUCAUUAAUCCCUACAUUAGUCCAGCUAAAGAGGUUGGGCGAAACUCCGUUACCGUGAAGGAAUUACGUAUUAGCAGCAACAACCUAAUUGAAGUUUUCUACUACCAAUGUAUUUUGGUGAAGGACAAUGACCUUGAUAAUCCUGUAUCAAAAAGUCCACUUGCCAAGCUGACUGUUGUUAAACCAAGUAGUUCUAGGUGUCGCACAGAAAUUAAGGAUAGGGUUACGUGGUUAACAACAGCAGCUGGUGAGACUGACAUUCAACCUUGUCCUGGAAAUGCCACAGGACAAACAACGCGUCGAUGUAUUCUAGAUCAAGAUUCCAAACCACGAUGGGAUAAUGUCAAUGUUGGGAACUGUACCUCAAUCAUCUUUCAAAAUCUCCUUCUUGAGGCUGAAGCUAUCGUUUCAGACUAUAAAUCAUCGUUGAAUUCAAGUGCUUUGCUAGAAGAACUCAAACAUAUUACAACAACAAGUCCCUCUGAACAAAUUCGCCUGAAUGGUGGUGAUCUGGAUAUCACUGCGCGUAUCUUGAGCAUCUUGGUCAACGACAGUAAAAUUGAUAAUACUAUAGACAACGACCAACAGAAUUUUAUGGAAAUCUGCAGUAACAUCUGGGAACCAGCUAACGCAAAGCCGUGGAUACAGUUUGAAGAUCAAAGGAGAAAGAAUACAAGCACGUUAUGGAAACGGUUGGUGAUGACCGUUGAUGAAUAUGGUCUCCAGCUCACCAAUUAUAUAACUCUUGAUAAAAACAAAGUCUUGACGACCAAAAAUAUUGUGAUGCAAGUAGACAAAGUCGGUCUACAAAACAAGAUCAAAAAACAAGGCUUGAAAUUUCAACACGAACAAAGUUCUAUAUUUCUACCUGCUGAAAUAUUCUCUGGCGACACACCAGAUCAUCGUGUCGUGAGUUUAGUUUACAAGACCCUGAAUUUGGUCAUGCGUCUACGGAAUACAGCCAAUGAGACGCAAGCUGGCAAUGAAAAUGACUUGGUAACACCUAAUACGACCAUGGUGACCAGUACUGUCCGACCAGAACCGACCGGAAAGCUAAGAAGCUAUGUUAAAAUUGUGGUCGAAAAUAAAAAGGUCGUAGAUCCUGUUCCUCCAAGAACAUGCGUGUUCUGGCGAGACGGUUUGCCAAGUAUGUGGAAUACAGACGGUUGUAGCCUGGUAACCAGUGAGUCUACUAAACACGUGACCACCUGCAAGUGCGAUCAUUUGACAAUAUUCGCAUCCCUGAUGGAUCCUUAUGGUGGACCGCUUCCUCUAGAGCAUCGCAAGGCACUUGAGUUGAUCUCCACCAUUGGGUGCGCCAUUUCUUUAUUUGCCAUCCUACUGACGAUCGCGGUGAUGGCAUUCUUCUGGAAGGCCCUUAAAGGACCACGGACUAUCGUGUUGAUGAACAUUUGCGUCGCUAUUGCUGUUGUGUGUAUUCUUGUCAUUGCUGAGGGAACAGCACGCGAAACUAAGGAUGGCUGUACCGUGAUGGCUGUUCUACUGCAUUACUUUCUUCUUGCCGUGUUCUGUUGGAUGUUAUGUGAAGGAAUACUUCUCUAUUUCCUUAUCGUCAAAGUCAUCGGCGCCAAGGUGGAAGAAAAAGUAAAAUGGUUUCUCAUAUUUGGCUGGGGUUUUCCUGCAGUUAUUGUUGGAAUCUCUCUAGGCGCUACCCAAACACAUGGCUAUGGUUAUUAUGGUAACGAGACCGCUUGCUGGCUUGCAGUGGACAACGGGCUCAUAUGGGCUUUUGUUGCACCGGCCAUUGUCAUCCUUCUGAUCAACUUCAUUGUAUUAGUCUUAGUGAUUCGUCAAAUGAUGGGCACACGUCACGUGCAGAGCAAGCCACUUGAUAUUAAAGUACGCAUGGGUGUCAAGGCAACCGCUAUUCUACUUCCGUUACUGGGUAUCACGUGGUUGUUUGGACUGUUGGCUUUCAGCUCAGCUACCUUGGCCUUUAAGUAUCUCUUCGCGAUCUUAAACUCACUGCAAGGUCUUAUGAUUUUCAUUCUUCACUGUGUGCUCAACAAACAGGUUCAAGAUGCUGUUAAACGUAAAUAUCAGAAAUACAGUAGCACGGACUCUACAAGUAGUGGUACUAGAGGCAAGAAUCUGCGACCAAAGAAGAAGAAAGAAAAACCCGCUAAACGUUCUAGCGACUUUUCUGGAGCAAAAAUCUCCCAAAAUGAUUACGAGAUGAAUCCUCAAAAGAGACAUUCGGUAAUUGAGCUGAUAGCAGAGAAUGAACCUGGACCGUCUAAAAUAGCUGCAACUGAUAAAAUUACUCUGGAUGAAGUUAAUGAAACUCGUAAGGAAAGCUUAUCAUAACGUUGACGGCGCAAGUAAAUCUUGUUUAGUACAUCCUUUUAAUUAAGCGCCUGUAUAAAAUAGUCACUGUUAUCAUGUCAGGUUCAAGUGGGUGAGCCAUGACAUACAAAAAACUAUUUUUUUCAAAACCUAAAACUCCCAUAGCUUCCACUAGAUAAAUUAUGAACGCUCUCUUAGAGCUUUUAUCAACGAAAACAAAGUAGACAAAAAUGAAAACUAGAUUAUUUAACCAUAAUCUUAUAAUUGAAAACUUGCACUAAGAGAAAAGUUUCGUUACUUUACAGAAGUCCAUAAACCAAAAGAGGACAUUUCGAGUGUUAACGAGGACUCGAGUGACGAGUCUUCAUACUGUAAAAUAAAUGACGCAUACGAAAACCAAAGUGAUGUGGAGCAUAAGU